AUGUUACUAAAAAUAACCUUGACACUUGCAAUUGCACUGUCAGCGUGCCAGGAGGGAACUGAAGCCACUAAGUGCAAGACUGGCAAAUGCAUUGACAUCGGAGGCACGCAAUAUUGCAGUGAAUGUGCUGUUUCUACUGAGGCUCCUGUAAACGGCCAGUGCGCAGAUGCAUCGUCUAAUACAGCAAUAUGCAAGGCACACGCAGGCGGAAAAUGCACCGAAUGUGACGGCGAUUCCUUCAUGUACAAAGGCGGAUGCUAUGAGACAACCAAUGAACCAGGACAGAGCAUGUGCAAAAGUACUAACAAUGCCGGCGUCUGUACAGCCCCCAACGACUCUGGAAAAUACUUCGUCCCUCCAGAUACAGAUGCAUCUCAUCAGUCUAUUGUGGCGUGCGGUGACACCUCGGGGAUGAGGUACCAGCCAGACGAUAGUACUGACAAAGCGUACAACGGCGUGGCUGGUUGUGAGACAUGCACCGCGCCGCAGCAGAUAACUGACAAUACUGGAACCGCCACAGCGACGUGCACGAAGUGUGCGAGCAAUAAUAUCGUCAAGACAGAUGCGGAUGAAACGACGUGCAUCGCCGAGUCUGAGUGUCCCACGACAAAGGGCUUUUUCGUGGAAGACCCUGGCAGCGGGAAUCAAAAGAAGUGCACGACCUGUUCGCCAAAUUGCCUCUCCUGUACAAGCGCUGCGGAAGCAGCUUGCAAGUCGUGUACAGUUGAGACGCACUUCCUGGGAGCAGAGGAUGGACAAGUGGGCAAGUGUGUGUCAUGUGGAGACGCUGCUACAGGCUCUGGUGACUGGAAGGGCGUCACGGGCUGCGCCAAGUGCGCGAAGCCCGAGGCUGCGGGGGCCGCUACCUGCACCGAGUGCGCUAGCGACUACUUGAAGACAGAGGCCGGCGCAACAUCCUGCGUAGAAAGGAACCGGUGCACCGGAGGAUUCUUCCCCAACGACGAUGUAGACGGCAAAAAGCAGUGCGUUCCUUGCGGUGAUGCAGCACAUAAAGGCAUACCCAAUUGCCGGACAUGCACAGAAAGCGGAGGCGCUGUAACCUGCGAUGCGUGCACAGAAGGAAAUACGCCUACCACGGACAAGACGGCGUGCAUACCGUGCAGUGUGGAUGGGUGCGACAGCUGUAACGAGGAGAACGUCUGCGCAAAGUGUGCUACUGACAAAUAUCUCACCUCCACGGGUCAGUGUGUAGACGACUGUGAGGCUCUCGAAGGCUAUUACAGCGAUAAGUCUACUAAUAAGUGUGAGAAGUGUAGUCCUGCAUGCAAGAUGUGUACAAAGACGGCUGAUCAAUGCUCGAGCUGCCCUGCAAAGAAGGUGCUUCAGUAUAGUAGCGAAAGCAACCUAGAUUAUGGCGGCUCGUGUGUAGAUGAAUGUAAGGCAGGUAUGAAUGGCUGUGCAGAGUGCGGCGCAACUAUCGGAGAGGCCAAGUAUUGCUCCAAAUGCAGCGACGCCAAGCAAGCACCACUGAACGGUAACUGCACUGUUAGCGCUAGGGCAGCUGCAUCAUGCAAGCGAGUGGAGGAAGGCGCAUGUAAAGAAUGCGAAACAGGAUACUUUCUUCUCGAAGGUGGAUGCUAUCAGACAACGAGACAGCCUGGCAUGCAGGUAUGUAAGACAGCCAAUGGGGGGUCGUGCCAAACCUGUGCGAACGAGUUGGCUGCUAGCAGCGGAGACUGCUCUACUCAGACAUGCCAUCCUAGCUGUAAGACGUGUAGUGCAGCCAAUGAUGCUAGCAAAUGCAAAGUAUGUGCCGCCGGAUACUACAAACAAAGCGAUGAAAACACCGCUGGAAAAUGUGAUCCGUGUUCACAGGGUAAUGAUAAAUGUACCUUAUGCAGAUAUUCUACGAAGUUCAUAUGCCUUGCAAAGGAUUCAUCUGAUGGAGACGGAACCGAUACCAAACCCGUUGAUCCUCCUUCUAGCAACAAGAGCGGGCUCUCCACGGGCGCCAUCGCUGGCAUCUCCGUCGCAGCCAUCGUCGUCGUCGGAGGGCUCGUCGGCUUCCUCUGCUGGUGGUUCAUCUGCAGAGGCAAAGCGUAG